AUGAAGGUCGCAGUCGUUGGCGGAGGCCCUGCAGGCCUCGCCACCCUCAAGUUCCUCUCUCAUGCUCACGAGUACUUCCCCAUCACACCCAUCGAAGUCCGUCUUUUUGAGAGCGAGAAAGACAUCGGCGGCACCUUUUCCUACCGCGUCUAUGAGGACGCAGAGCUCGUCUCUUCCAAAUACCUAACAGCCUUUUCUGACUUUCGCCUCCCGGAAGAUGUGCCUGAUUUCGUUACUCCUGCAGUUUAUGUCAGAUAUCUCAAGGCAUAUGCCACUGACUUUGAGCUUUGGCCCAUGAUCGAGCUGCACACUCAGGUCAAUCAAGUCCGCCGUGGACCAAACGGGGUCGGUCACAUCAUUAGCCUGCAUUGCAAGGACACGGGCAAGUUGACCCAGUGGAAGUGUGAUGCCGUUGCCGUGUGCACCGGAAUCAAUGUCAAUCCCGUGAUCCCUGAGAUCAAGGGAGUUGAGCGAGUGCCCUCGGUCCUCCACUCAUCUCAGCUCAAGACCCGAGCUCGGUUGGGCGAGGGCACCAAUGUUUAUAUCAUGGGUGCUGGAGAAACAGGCAUGGAUCUGGCUUACCUUGCCGUUACGUCCAAGGCCAAAUCAGUCACUCUCUGUCACAGGGACGGAUUCUUCUGUGCCCCUAAGAUCAUCCCCAUUCCCCAAGUCAUGGGUGGCUCAAAAACGGAUAGUGGUCGACCGAACAAGCCGGUUGACACAUCCGUAGCCAGCCUCUUCGAUACGGCCUAUGUCCACCCGAAGUUGCAGAAGAGCCAAGUUCUCUGGACAUACUAUGACCGAUGGAUCAAGAGAAUGCACUGGCUCAUCUCGGGGACCGAAGAGGGCCCUGACCAGUGGGUCGGUCAGAUGAGUGCCUCUCGAAAGUAUAUAGACUCCAUUCUUCUUUGCAAGUCUGACAAGGCACUCCCAUACAUGAACGUCGGAAAGCGAUCUGAUUCUUGGGUCAACCGCUUGCGUUCCCGGAUCAUAAACGUGCCAAUCCGCGAGAAUGAUGGGAAGAAGAUUGAUGUUAUGACCUGGCCUAAGUGCAUCAACGAGGAUGGUUUCAUGGUAUUCGACAAGAAGCUCCCAACGGACUCAGUUCUUCCGGAUCAUCAACUCAAGCCAGAUGUGAUGGUAUUCGCUACGGGAUACACUCGAGAGUUCCCAUUUCUGAGCAGCGAUUACCCCUGCGUCGCUCAAACCAAUGUCCGAGGCAUCUACAAGGACGGAGAUGUGACGCUGGGGUUCAUCGGUUUUGUUCGGCCGGCGAUUGGCGCGAUUCCCCCCUUGGCGGAACUCCAAGCCCAAUUCUGGGUUCUUCGACUGCUUCAAGACCAGUUUCCUAAGGAGGUUCCCCUUCAGAUUAGUCCCAAUGCUCUCCCUACCUACGACCUGGACUACCAGAUUCACCCUCGUGACGGUUACAGCUUCUAUGAGACGAAGCGGGCUGUUGACCACGAGAGCUACGCCUACCAGCUGGCUCUCGACAUGGGCGCUGCACCCACCGCUACCCACGUUUUCAAGCAGGGCUGGAAGAUCUUCUUCACUUGGGCUAUGGGGUCCAACUUCAACACGAAGUUCCGUCUGGUAGGCCCAUGGAAGUGGGAGCGGGGCGCUGAAGAGAUCAUGCGCAACGAACUCUUCAACGUCGUCAAGCGCUCCGGAGGCUACGUCUAUUUGACGACUUACACUCUCAUACCCAUGUUCAUCUUUGGAUCCUUGAGCAUGAUGCUGUACGCUUGGUUUGGCUUAUGCAACCUCGCUUCCAGUUUCGGACGUCGGACCAACAAGAAGCCUUCCACUGGGACUUCGGGGGAGGUGUCGGCUUGA